AGGAACACUUGGCAGCAACAACAGCUGCGUCUAUACGGACAGCUACACACAACCACGAAGAUGCGUAUCUUCCAGUCAAUUCUUCCUCUGUGCCUGCUAUUUGCUGGGGGCUUUGCGAAGAAGGAUCGAUAUGAGGAAUUUCAUCAGCUUUCUCAACGCUCCUCGCCUUUGAAGCUGAAUGAUGCCACAUAUACUUCUUUGACGGCCGCUCCAAGAAAUCAUAGCGUGGCUGUCCUCCUUACUGCUUUGGAAACCAGGUUCGGCUGCCAGCUUUGCCAAGAGUUUGCGCCUGAAUGGGAGAUUCUUGGACGAAGUUGGAUUCGAGGCGAUAAAGCUGGCGAGUCGCGACUCAUCUUUGGUACACUGGAUUUCGCUGAUGGUCGAGAGACUUUCAUUUCGCUUGGCCUCCAAACCGCCCCGGUGCUCCUCCUCUUUAACCCGACUAUUGGACCUCAUGCCGCUGCCUCCCCAGAGCCUGUUCGAUACGACUUUACGGCAGGGCCUUCAGCAGCUGAGCAAGUUCAUUCCUGGCUAUCUCGGCAGCUUCCCAACAGGCCACACCCGCCUGUGCAACGACCCUUCAACUGGCUUCGAUGGGCCUCCACCGUGACUAUUGUCCUCGGCGUUGGCACUGCGUUAGCAAGUGCAUCUUCCUAUGUGCUGCCCAUCAUCCAAAACCGCAAUAUUUGGGCCUCCAUCAGCCUGAUCGCUAUUCUCCUCUUCAUUAGUGGCCAUAUGUUCAACCAUAUUCGGAAAGUUCCUUAUAUUGUUGGAGAUGGCCAUGGCGGCGUUAGCUAUAUUGCAGGAGGCUUCCAAAACCAACUUGGAUUAGAAACACAAAUCGUGGCUGCUAUCUACGGUGUGCUCUCAUUCUGUGCCAUUACCUUAGCCGUCAAAGUUCCUCGCAUGGCCGAUUCCAAGACUCAGCAGGUCGCGGUUGUCGUUUGGAGCGUUAUACUAUUCCUCGUAUACAGCUUCCUCCUAAGCGUCUUCCGCGUCAAGAACUCUGGCUACCCAUUCUCUUUGCCUCCUUUCAUGUAAAUGGAGUGGGACAAGAAAUAUCAAGGCAAGAUUUUAUACAAUUAGCUAGAGCCUAAUUGAUAAAUUACUGCACUUGCUGUGCAGGUAUCAACACCUUGAAGUAUGGAUCAUCUAUAUCGCAGUAGGGAAGAGCGUUUGCAUUGGGUAUAGCCACUGGCAGUACGAGCUACGAUUGAGAUUCGCAAGCUCGUUCCGCUGGCUUGUGAGAAAGGCCUUUGGCCAGUGUCGUGGAAAAUAUAACUACAUUGAAGUAAAGGCAUUUUCAUCUAGACACCGCAACUUUAAAUAGAGCAAAAAAAAACCUUUUUUAAGCAAUCAAUGCUAUUGUCAUGUAAGUGCGGCAGGAGAUAUCGAUCGACCCGUGGGUCCGAUUGCAGCAUCUGCUUCACAUGCA